AUGCGCGAGGAGAGACUUCAGCGGGCGGCCCAGCGGGAGCGGCAGGAGCGCCUCGCGCGACAGCAAGCGGUGCCCCCGCCCCCCAAGGACGCGCGAGAGGCCGACGCCGCCGUGCGCGCGGCGCUCGCCGGGGUCGAGGCCGCAGCGCUGCACCUCAAGUCCCUCAAGAGCGCCAUCCGCGAGCGCCCCGAGUUCGACGGCUCCUUCAAAGGGAUGCGGGAGGUCGAGGGCGCGGUGGCGGCGCUGGAGCGCGCAAAGGUGGCGGUGAUGCAGUGGCAGCUCACCGCGGCGCUGGCGCGCCUCGGGCCGGGCAAGUCCGGCGCGCUGCGGUCGCUGGCGGACUUCCGGUGGGAGUGGGACGGCGGGCUCGGCGCGAACCGGGAGCGGGUGGGGUUCGUCCUCGCCGCGUGCACCAAGGCGGGGCAGCCCGAGGCGUGCGAGCUCGCGCUGCGGGCGUGCGACGUGGCGGGGACGCUGGAGGCGGGGGAGGGAGAGGGCGGGGAGGUCGUGCCGGCGGCGGUGCGAGCGGCGGCGGAGAGGGUGGUGGCGGCACGCAGGGGCGCCCCGGAGGGUGACGUGGGCGGGUGA